AUGGUUAUAAUGAUAGAAUUACCGACGAUAAAUAACGAUAAUAACAACAAAAGUGAUCUUGAUUGCACCCAAAGUACACUCGCCGAGAAAGUCGAAAAUAACGACGAUGAAAAAGAUAAUGUCGAAUAUAGUAAAAGCAAUUAUGAUACCGAAAAAACUAAGGUAGAGGAUGAUCAACAAGAAGACAGCGAAGAGAAUUCACCGAUACCAAUGGUGGCAGCGAUUCUGGGUGUUGAGCACGCAACACUAUCAGAAUUCUACUACUUUCGUCCAAACAAUGCCGGAUUCUCGUUGUUUUUUGUGUUGCUCGUGUCGUACGUGCUUGGACGAUGGAUGGCGAAAAUAUUGCCCAGUAAAAAUUAUAGAAUUUGGAGAUGGCAGUUUAGUUUUAAUCCAGGUCCAUUCAAUGUAAAAGAACAUGUUUGCAUUUGUGUGGCAACUGCUGCUGGUGGUGGAUCUGCUUAUGCUACGGAUAUUAUCGCGAUUCAAGAAUUGUUUUAUAAACAACAUGUUGGUUUCUUUAAAGGCAUCCUGUUGCUUAUCAGCACACAGAUGCUUGGAUACGGACUCGCUGGAUUUCUACGAAAAUACCUUGUACGCCCCGCAAACAUGAUUUGGCCAGCAAAUCUAGUAUUCGCAUCAAUGUACACCACACUACAUGGCAACGCAAAAGAAACCCGCGACAAACUCCGGUUCUUUGUGAUCGUGUUUUCGUCCGCGCCGGCCAGUGCGACGAUUAAAAAGUUGGGAAGUGGGUAUCAUGGUGUUGGAAUUCUGAAUUUUUCGUUGGAUUGGAAUGCUAUCGGGCAAUCGGGCCCAUUGUUUACUCCUUGGUUUGCGAGUGUCAAUUUGUAUGUUGGUGUGUUUAUAGGCGCAUGGAUUAUUGCACCUCUAGUAUAUUUUAAUAAUGUCCUCGAGGCCAAGAAGUUUCCAUUCAUUUCGACACAUCCUUAUGAUCAAAACGGACACAGAUACAAUCAAACAGCCGUGAUAGAUCCACACACCGGCUCACUAAACGUAACAGCCUACGAACAAAUCGGACCAGUCUACAUAUCUGCAGUAUUUGCCAUUGGGUACUUUUGGUCCUUUAUCGCAUUCACGUCUGCAGUGAGUCAUGUGGGUUUGUUCUAUGGUAAUGAAAUAUGGACGCGAUUUAAAGCUAGUAGGGCGGAAGAGAACGAAGACAUACACACGAGGAUGAUGAAGGUUUAUCAAGAAAUCCCUAAUUGGUGGUACGGUACAAUAUUUUUCAUUAUGCUUGUUAUUUCGAUCGUUCUUGGAUAUGUCACUGAGGCGAAUUUACCGUGGUGGGGAAUGUUGAUGGCUGUUGGGUUGGCUUGUAUUAUGGUAUUGCCUAUUGGUGUCAUUCAAGCUAUUUCAAACAACCAAGUAGGACUAAACGUUAUCACGGAAAUGAUAUGCGGAUACGUGCUUCCCGGUCGACCAAUUGCAAACGUGUAUUUUAAAUGCUAUGGGUACAUGGCAAUGUACCAGUGUCUUUUGCUUGUGUCGGAUCUAAAACUUGGUCAUUACAUGAAGAUCCCACCAAAGUCGAUGUUUGUCUCGCAACUAUGGGGAACGAGCGUAGGCUGUUUCGUUAAUUUCUGGGUCUUGAAAUUGAUUAUUUAUGCGAAAAGACCUUUCUUGGAUGGGACUUUACGUGAUCCGACUGGUCAGUGGACUGGUUACGCGUCGCAAGUAUUCAAUACUGCAUCAAUUGUAUGGGGAUUAAUUGGACCAGCUCGAACAUUCGGAUUGUUUGGAUUAUUUACACUGUUAAAUGAGGACCCAAAAGUCUGUGAAAAACACGGAAGCUUGUCGUUUGGAACGACAAUGUUGAAUGCUCCUACAAUUUUUCGAGAGCCAGAUAUUCUUGAACCAGGAACAGCCUUAUUAUCCAUCGUGUUUAUUAAAGAGAUUAGCGAAUUUUCUUCCAUCGAAGUGCCUCGUCAUACAAACCGAAAUUAUACAAUUUCCAAGCGUACUUAA